AUGACCAUGGGUGGCACACCAUAUCCGACGAUUGCCAUGCCUCAGCUUUACUCGGUACUGAAGGGUGGUUAUAGGAUGGAACCGCCUCAAAAGUGUCCGAGUGAAAUUUAUGACCUAAUGGUUUCAUGCUGGCAGGAAAAACGAGAGAAGCGUCCGACAUUCAAAAUGAUAGUGGAUUAUCUGGACUGGAUGUUACAGGACGCUGAUAGCGAUACCAUUUUUGACGAUGUGGAAGGUGCUCCGCCACCUCCUUCUAGUGACAGUAGUCUAGGUCGAAAACUGCGUACACGACCAUUGUCGGCGCCAGUAUUCUUGCCUUCUGAUCCACUUCAUGCGAUCUGCGAUGAUAAUGUCGAAGGCGCUGGAUCGGCAUUUGUUAUGGGAGAUGCGGCCGAGGAAUGUGAGGUACUGCAGGCAUCUGAUCAAGAACAUCAGUACUGUAAUCAGCCUAAUGACUCCUCCGCUUCAGCAGCCGCUCGGCUUGUGAGGCAACAAACAGGUAAAAUCAAUUAGAC